UCUGACCUGAGCCGAAGCUGGACACUUAACUGACUGAGCCACCCAGGCGCCCCGUUGCCUUUUCUGUUUCUAUGCAACAGUUGUGGUUCAGUGAAACAAGUUCCUGUCAAUAGCAAAGAUCUGAUUUCUUAUCCUAAUAACUUAGGUAUGGCUUCCUGAUACUGCUCAAUAUAGGAAAAGAAAAAAUCCUUUUAUUUUAUCAACAGAAUAUUAUUAUUAAAUAUCAUUAAGGAGUAAGGGGGGGAGUUUUUAAAAUUAGAUAGCUUUGGGGCCCUUCAGCCUUGUCAUUGUCCCACAGAUCCUCUUCUAAGUAAUUUUAAAUCAGAAAGUUUGAAGUUGCUGCCCUUUAUAAGACGAACAUGAUAAACCAUGCUCACAUGACACACAGCUGGGCUUACUGCUCAUGGUAAUUACUCCAGAGUCUUCUCUAGUCUCUGAAGGAGUAAGGCUAAAAUCGCUUUCCUCUGCCUUCCUUUGUUUUAUGUACAUACUGCAGCUGGUCUCCAGAAUUUUUAACUGUUCUUUAAGUAUAAAAUUCAAGUUCUUGAUAAUUAAAAAUAAUUUAGGAAGAGCUUGGCCCAAAUUGACUUAAUUUAUAGUUUUUCUUUGUAUUAUCAGUUUUUCCUCCAGUUUUUCCAUUGAAAAGUAUUCCUGAACCCAUAGAGACUUGUUACAGUAUCAUUCUAGAAUCCCCAGUAUUUAUUAUAGUUGUUAUAGUAACAGAGGAACACAAGUCUUUUUUCAGAGCAUUAUUCAGUUUUUCACACCUAGGCAGAAAUGAUUUCAGAGGGAAGGUGAACGCAAAGCCCCAGUUUUGGGGAUGAGGCUCCAAUUUCCUAAAUCAUUUGUGGUUAUAAUGAUCGAUAGAUACCACCUUGUCUGGCACCUGGUCCACGGCUUUCCCGAAGUCUGCUAUAUCUAAGAGGGAGUAAAGAGCAGCCUGGGGGGCCCCAACAAGAGCUGGAGGAGGGUCUGGAUGACCUGGAGUUCCAAGGCACUGUGUUGCCAUAGUCCCUCUUCAGCACUGCUGUGAUCAAACGCUCAGAGGAAAGCCAGAAGAGAGAGCAGAUGUGUAUAAAAGAAAGGUGUGUAGUUGAAAAACAGCGUUGUUAUUCUUGAAUUGUGCAGAGAACUGCAUUAACAGUAGAGCUUUGUGCCAUGGACAGUGUGAAAGAGGUAACCUGUGUUCCUCUGAGACUUGUGGCCUGCCCUGCCUAUGUCUAGCCAGCCAGAGUGAAUGGGUCCAGGGUUAGCUGCCUUCAUCUAUGCAGUCACAAAGGUAAAGAUGAUUACUGGAGAGGAUAUUCCCUCCUGCGAGGCCUUGGCCUCACACCCCAGCAACCUUGGCAAGACUUGCUAAAUAACACCUUUGUCUGAGACAGGGUUAUGCAUCUUCUCCUCUUCUAUACCCAAUGACAUGUCAAGGUGGCUUAAGAUCAAGAAGCAAGGACAUGGGUGUGAACCAUCCCUCGGAGCAGCUCUAAAAGUAGGGCCAUGCACACUGCCUUCCUGUCAGAGCCUUAGAGAAUAAGAGACACUCGCUGCUGGUGAGAGGGUAUGGCCAGGAUUCCUGGAAUUGGAAGAUGUUCACCUUCGCCAUCUUUGGAGAACAAGGAAGAACAUGAAAGAGAUGUGGCCCUUCUUAGUCGCAAGGAUCCUGACAGAGGACUCACAGAGGAGCAGCUGGCACACCCGGAGCCCUCCAACCUUGAUCCAAGCAUGGCGGCCCCACCCUGCAGCCUCCCCCGUGGGCUCAGCCUAGACGACUUCAUCCCUGGCAAUCUCCAGGCCCACGUGGGGUCAUCCUCCCAGGGGGCAUGGGUGCCUGUGAUCCGGAAUGGUGGCUCCAACACCCUUAAUUUCCAGUUUCAUGACCCUGCGCCCAGGACCGUGUGCAAUGGGCACUUGCCCUCAAGGAGAGACGCUUCCCGGCAGCCAGACCCUGCCUGGUAUCAGACCUGGCCAGGUCCUGGGGGCCGGCCCUCUGGGAGCCAAAAGACCCCUGCCUCCCAGCAUCCCCACAACUGGUCAGCCACGUGGACCAAGGACAAGCGCUGGAUCAAGUAUGAGGGAAUCGGGCCGGUGGAUGAGAGCGGCAUGCCUAUUGCUCCCCGAUCUAGUGUUGACAGCCCCAGGGACUGGUACCGAAGAAUGUUCCAGCAGAUUCACCGAAAAAUGCCAGACCUGCGGCUGGACUGGACCUUUGAGGAAUCACCCAAAGGGGCUUCCUCCCGUGCCGCCUCUGCAGACUCAAGGCAUCCAGGGUCCCAGCAAAGACCGGCUGCCAGGCCAGGCCAGGCCUCUUCUCUAAGUGGAAGAAGCUGGGACCUCUCUGAAGAGUUUUCUAGAAGCACCUUCAACUGUAAUCCUGGAGCAUCCUCCUCCCUACACCAGACCCCACAUCAGGUGCCCAGACGCCAAGAGAAAGCUGAAAAUGUCUGGACGGAAGAUUCUUGGAACCAGUUUCUGCAAGAACUAGAGACUGGGCAGAGGCCCAAGAAACCGCUAGUGGAUGACUCUGUUGAGAAGCCGUCUCAGCCCAUUGAGGUCCUGCUGGAGAGAGAGCUAGCCAAGUUGAGCGCGGAGCUGGACAAGGACCUUCGGUCAAUUGAGACCCGGCAGCCAUCCCCCAAGAGCUCUCAAGUGCCCCGACGGUCCCGGGAACCGCGGCCCCCGGCGCGCCCGGCCUCCACCUGGAGCUCCAGUUUCCCGAAUGCACUUUACCACGAUUCCUCCCGGCCCCUGAGCCCCUACAGAAUGGCGGAUGGAACAAGCCCCUUCCUAGGUCGCAGGGACUUUGUCUACCCUACCUCGGCCCGAAGUAAGGACCAGCUCUCCUCACCCAGAGACCUGCCACCACGCACCAACUCUAGUGCUUCUGAACGAGGGGGCAGCCCAGUCAGAAAGGAAGAGAGGAAGAGGAAGGCUGCCAGACUCAAGUUUGACUUCCAGGCACAGUCCCCUAAGGAGCUGACUCUGAAGAAGGGUGACAUUGUCUACAUCCACAAGGAGGUGGACAAGAACUGGCUAGAGGGGGAGCACCAUGGCAGGCUGGGUAUCUUCCCUGCUAAUUAUGUGGAGGUGCUCCCUGCAGAUGAGAUCCCUAAGCCUAUCAAGCCCCCCACCUACCAGGUGCUGGAGUAUGGAGAAGCAGUGGCCCAGUACACUUUCAAGGGGGAUCUGGAGGUGGAGCUGUCCUUCCGCAAGGGGGAGCGCAUCUGCCUGAUCCGCAAGGUGAACGAGAACUGGUAUGAGGGGCGCAUCUCCGGCACAGGGCGCCAGGGUAUCUUCCCUGCCAGCUAUGUGCAGGUGUGCCGUGACCCCCGGGUCCGGAUCUGCGACCAUGGCUCCCAGCUCCCUGCAUCUCCCCGCCUGACCACCACCCGUCUGGCCCGGCACUCCAGCUCCCCACUAACAUCACACAGCCCAGUUGAUCCUGACUGCAGAAGCCGGACCUCCCCCCACCGCACCGGCUUCUCCUUCCCUACCCAGGAGCCCAGAGCCCAGAAACAGGGUCUCGGCACCCCUGGGUCAACUCUGUCCCAUCCUGGAGGCUCCAGCUGUCCCUUGGACCUAGGGGCCUCCCCCAACACCACUCAGAUACACUGGAUCCCGUAUCGGGCCAUGUACCAGUACCGGCCCCAGAAUGAGGAUGAGCUGGAGCUGCGGGAGGGGGAUCAGGUGGACGUCAUGCAGCAGUGUGAUGAUGGCUGGUUUGUGGGUGUCUCCCGGAGGACCCAGAAAUUUGGGACAUUCCCUGGAAAUUAUGUAGCUCCGGUGUGAGUGGUCUCCGUGGCAACUCAGAGGCGUGCCAGGAUGGUGUGAGGAGCAGUAGCACUUACAGGAGGGAGAGAGUAUCCCCGUCCCCAUCCUCCUUCCCCAAGAUCUGAGCUGCUGGCAUCUGCAGACAACCCGAGCAGCCAUUCUUUGGAGCCCCCUUGAAGCCCCCUGGACUGCUUCCCACCCACAACUCACAAACAUUCCUCCAACAGCCUUUUUAUUUCUCCCCCUACCCCACUCCCCAAAUAUAGAGGUCUGCUUUGAAGUGGAGACUGUUUCCAGGCCUUAUUGAGACCAGACCCCGGAGCCCCCCACCCCACCCUGCUAUGGCGUUUCCUCUAACAGGGACCAGCUCCCGGCUUCACCCCCAUGGGGUUCCUCUAACAAGAACCAGCUUCUUAACCCAACACAGACCAAAGGCUGCCUCUGCCUGGAGGAGAGUCCUCCUCUUUCAGCCCGGCUUGCCUGCCGCCCCCUUUGCCUUGCUGCUUCCGGCUGGCCUUGGGAGUGAGGUGGGAGAGGGACCCACCACCUCCUCCGUGCCUAAGGCCUGGUAAGAGGUCUUGCCCGAAGGCAACCUCUUCCCAAAGGCUGCCAAGCCCUGGGCCUGGGCUCUGCAUGCCUUCCUGCUGCUGUGGUGCCCGGGAAGGGCUGGGGACUGGCCUACUCCAAGUGUUUUCCCGGAGGACUGAUGUGUGCUACCUUCCUGCCUCCCCAGCUCCUCCAACCCCCAAGUGCCCCCUGGAAGAGGAUGUAAAAUAAAUCUGGAUACCAGGGAC